GUAAAACUCUUUAUAGUUUGGAUGAUAAUUGCAUAGGUAAUAAAAAUCAGUGUAAAAAAUCACCUCUCUAGCUACAUAUUUUUCAGCAAAGAAGGUGCCAAAUUGGACGGCGAUCAUCGGCAUUAACCGGAAGGACAGGUGUGGGGAACUGGGGAUGUGAUUUAGGGAUGGCAAUGGGGCGGGUUUACUUAAACCAUCCCCAUAUCCAUCUUCAAAUACCCAAACCCAUACCCGCCCAAUAUCCAUGCGGGGAAUGUUUUGCAAACCCAUCCCCAUACCCGUGGGUUUCGGGUACCCAUGGGUAAUACCCAUACCCGUAAUCCAACAUUAUUAUAACUAAAACUUACAAGAAAAGUUCUAAUUUUAACUCUAAAUGAACAUAUUAUAUCAUGAAGUCAACAAAACACGGUCAUUUUUUUUAAUAUGGUUCAAAGAUUAUGAUCCUAAAAUAUCCAUUAAUACAUAACAUAGAGUAUAAUAUUUUUCAAAUUAUUAUAUUCUAACUCUGAUACAUCUACUAAAUAAUAAUUAACUAACAUAAUCUUGUUGACAAGGGGGAAAGUGAAAUGAGAAUUGAGAAAAAUGAAUUAGAUUUUGAUUAAGGUGGUCACUCAAUUGCAUUUCUACUAUUUAUUUUCUCAAGUUAUCCUCAUCAUCAUUGAUAGAUUAUAAUUUGAUGCACAUAUUUUUUUUUAUAUAUGAAGAAAUUAUCUUGGUGGGGCGGGUAUGGGGAUGGGUAUGGGGCGGGGGAGGCUAAAACCAUACCCGCCCCAUACCCAUCAAACGUUUUGCGGGUUUUACCCAUACCCGGUCAAAGCAGGGAUUCCCCGCGUUGACUGGGUCGGGGGCGGUCGGAUACCCGCGGCCAUGGGUUUGAUUGCCAUCCCUAAUGUGAUUGGGUGGAGCGAGCUGGAAAAAAUAUGGUUUACACAGAAAGCGAGAUAGAGGGGAAAGGCCAAAUCCGGCGUAGGAGCGACUUCGAUUCUCUGUUUUUCUCCGCCGGCGAGACCCGCCGGAGCACCGCCGAAUCCUCGCAACCAAACGAAGCGAAACCACCCAAAAAAAGACUGAUUGGAAAGAUUAACAUAAUAAUACUUCUCUAACUAAAAUUGGGUUGAGAGUUGAGACGCUUGAUUUCAUUGACAAAUUUCUAAUUAUCCUAAUUUUUUCUUGCAUGUACUCGGAUAUCAAGCAUUAACGAACUUUUGAAAUAAGGCAAUUUGACUCAAUUAUCUAACAUAACGCAUCAUUUUAAAAUACAUGUCGUUGUCCCCUCAAUUCAAAUUGAUGCAAAAUGAAUUAAUUCAAAUUGUCUCGACCCAAUCGCUGCAUUCUCUUUUUGUGUUGUCAAAUGAGACUAUUUGACAACUUAAAUACUUCAUGAAAAUAUCGCAUCCAAACAAACCAAAAGAAUUUACCAAGGUAGGAUGAGCGAGAUGCGAUGGUCGGUUUGAGUUUCAGAGACCCUCGAUUUAUCUUCCUCUCUCUUUCGUUCUUUAAUAUGUACACAACCUCUUAAAUUUGGGGGGAGGGGGGGAUGAACCAAAUUCUUAAGAACGGGUGGUUUAUACUGUCGACCGAUCCUUUUUUUGUCAUAUAGACAUAACACAAACUUCUAACAAUUGUGGUUCUCAAAUUUCAGUAUAUAUCAUAAACAAACAAUUUUUUUUUUUUUUUUGCCAAAGUAUUGUAACAACCCAACUCAUUUCUUCUCAAGAUAUUGUUCAUUUUAGCCUAUCAGAUAUGAUUUUUCUUUACAUUGCUCCAUAUUGAACACCUUUAAUUUCGAAGUUCUUAAAAAAAUUAUUCCACUUCACCUCAAAAUACUCAUUAUCAAUUAAAAUUGUAUAUUUUUCGUAAAUUAGAAAUCACUCUCGUACCACGUUGAAUGUGCCUAAGAUAUUACCAGUGUCAUAAAGGCAUAAACAAACAAUUUAUUAGACGGGGGAAAAUCAAUUGUAAAAAGAACGAAAAAAAAAAUCAUUAAAAAUGGUAUAAAUGAAGGAAAACUAAUUCGUGGGAAAUGUAUUUGACAAUAUUGUUGGGGGAUUUCUUUUCCGUUGCAUUGCAACAGAGGAAGACAGAGUCAGUCUCCCAUGGUCUCGUUCCCUUCUUCUCCUUUUGCAAACUCCGGCGCUGGUACGAUUGCUGUGAAGCUUACCUUCCGGCGAUAACCAACGAGAAUCGGCGAAUCGUAAAACGUCGUCGAUUCCCUCUGUAAUUUUACGUUCGGAAAUGAAGAAGAAGAAGAAGAACGGCGGUCAUCAUCAUCAUCCUCAUCAUCACUACAACUGCCCCGCCGCAGCUCGUCUCCACCAGAUUUCCCUCAUCCUCCGCGGCGGCCGCUAUCUCUUUCCGGUGAUCUCGGCUUUCUCCGCCUCGAUUCUCCUCUUCCUCGCCGCUUCCGCUCUCCUCUCCUCUCCGCCGCCUCUCAUCGAGCGCCGCCACCUCCUCCAGCUCCCUCGCCGCCAUUCCUCCUCCUCGUCAUUCUCCUACAGUGGAGCCAUGGAGGAGACGGAAGACGCGGCGUCCGGUACAUUGACGGCCUUCAGCGUCCCGGAGCGCGGCGGAAAUUUAGGCCACGACUUGUGGAGCUCUCCGUCGUCGGAAUUCUUCUACGGUUGCAGCAACGCCAGCGAUAAGUUCCAUUCCGCUGAAAAGAAGACCGAACCGAAUCGGUACUUGUUGAUCGUCACAAGUGGGGGGUUAAAUCAGCAGAGAACAGGGAUAACGGAUGCAGUUGUUGCAGCAUAUAUCUUGAAUGCAACUCUUGUUGUUCCAACGCUGGACCAAGCAUCCUUCUGGAAAGAUUCAAGCAAUUUCUCUGAAAUAUUUGAUGUGGACUGGUUCAUUUCAUCUCUUUCCAAAGAUGUGCGGAUCAUCAAGCAACUUCCAACAGAUGGUGGGAAGGUUAUCACCCCGCAGGCCAUGCGGGUUCCCAGGAAAUGCACACCAUCGUGCUACGCGACCAAAGUUCUUCCUGUCCUCAACAAGAAGCAUGCUGUUCGGCUAGGGAAGUUCGAUUACCGUCUCUCAAACCGGCUGGACACGGACUUGCAGAAGCUGAGAUGCAGAGUCAACUACCACUCCUUGAAGUUCACCGAUCCAAUCGUUGAAAUGGGUGAGAAGUUGGUUCAUAGAAUGAGAAGGAAGAGUAAGCAUUUCAUUGCUCUCCAUUUAAGGUUCGAGUCCGAUAUGCUCGCGUUCUCCAGCUGUGACUACGGAGGAGGAGACAAAGAGAGGGAAGAACUCGGUUCCAUUAGGCUGAGAUGGAAGAGCUUACAUCAGAAGAACCCCGACAAGGAGAGAAGGCUGGGGAGGUGCCCGCUGACGCCAGAGGAAGUGGGGCUAAUGCUGAGAUCUCUGGGCUUCGGCAGCGACGUUCAUAUCUACGUUGCUUCAGGGGAAGUCUACGGCGGGGAAGAGACUCUGUCUCCACUCAAAUCCAUGUUCCCCAAUUUCCACUCGAAAGAGACCUUGGCUAGCCAGGAAGAAUUGGCUGCAUUCGCGCCCUUCUCUUCUCGUAUGGCUGCCUUGGACUUCCUUGUCUGCGAUGAAAGCGACGUCUUCGUCACCAACAAUAACGGCAACAUGGCCCGAAUCUUAGCCGGACGACGGAGAUACUUCGGACACAAGCCGACGAUCCGCCCCAACGCCAAGAAACUGUACAAGCUCUUCUUGGGUCGCCGGAACUCGACGUGGGAGGAAUUCAGCGGCAAGGUCCGGUCGAGUCAGAUUGGGUUCAUGGGGAUGCCGAACGAGGUGAAACCAGGGAGAGGCGAGUUCCACGAGAACCCUUCUUCCUGCAUAUGCGAGACGUCCACGAGGAAUGAUGAUAAUGCAGCUUCUCCUGAUGUGGGCAAGAAGAGAUAUAUCGACGCCGGCGCCGGAGAUUACCGGUCGUCGGCGACGGAGGAUGAGCGCGAGCGGUACUAUUUCUCCGACUCGGAGACGGCAGUUCCCAGCGGCGGGUUGUCGCAGGUGACUGAAAUCGACGAGGAGGAGUUCUUUUCUGACUAGAAAUAUAUACCGGAGGUGGGCACUGUUUUUUUUCUUCCGCCGGCCUCUUGUUCAUGUAAAUACAAAGGGAGCUAUGUCAAAAAAAAAAAAAAAAAAAAAAAGUCUCAGGCUAUGACGCCGUGAGGUUGCCGAUAUGCACAGCAGUACAAAACGCCGUUAGAAAGAAUCCCUCUCUGCCGGUUUGUCUGUCUCUGUUUACUAUUUUUACUUUUUAAGUUUUUUACUUUUACCUUGGGGUUAAAUAGCUAGGGUUUCUAUUCUUGCCGUAACCGUAAGGCUGGAGAAUAUAGAUUAGUGAGAGAGGGGAUCCAAUAUGACUUGCUUAGUCGUUUGUACGACUCAUUUUUGUUGUCCCCUUUUUUAUGUUUUUACCCUGAGUGAAAAUUUUAAUUUAGAGAGUGAAUUAAUACUACUAAAGAUAUUUUCUAAAAUGUAGAUUAUUUGUGAUUUUUUAUUAAUGGUAUAGUUAGACCAUGACUAUUAGACUAUAUAUGAAUCAUGCACAUUAUUUGGGUUAUGACGACUAGGGCUGCAAAUGAGCCAAGCUACUCUUGAGCAACUCGAGGCUCGAAUCGGGAAAAACUCGUUCGAAACUCGAUUCGUUUACUGACGAGCCAAGCUUGAGCCUAGCUAUGUUCAGCUCGUGAAGCUCGCGAGCUAGCUCGACUCGGUGGCUUGUUGAGCUCAACUCGUGAGUUGGCUCAUUUAGAGCUCAUGAGAUGUCUCAACAUUGUGGUUUGAGGGCCAACUUGAUCACUGACUUAUGGACUAAUCGAUCUAAUUUGGACUUUCAUAAUUCAUAGGAUUGUUAAAUUAUAUAUCUCACAUCAUGUGAAGUUUAACAUGUUGAACAUGUAAGAAAAUAUGCCUUAUUUUUAAUUCUAUAAAGAAAUUAUGUACAAAAUUGUUGAACAUUUGAUUAUUUUUUUUAUCUCUACAUCAAUCACAUGUACCAUACUCGACAUACAAAAUGAAUGUAUUAAAUACUAUCUAAGAAUUUAGUAAACAAGCCUAGCUCGAACUCGACUCGACUCGGCUCGUUAAUAAAUGGCUCAGGCUCAAGCUCAGCUCAUUUGUUAACGAGUCAAGCUCAAGCUGGGGUAAAACUUGGCUCAGCUCGGCUCAUUUGCAUCCCUAAUGACGACUCGGAUUGAACCAACCACCACCAUGACUAUUAGACUAUAUAUGAAUCAUGCACAUUAUUUGGGUUAUGACGACUCGGAUUGAACCAACCACCAUCAUGCAUACAGUAAUAUCCAUACUUUACACAAGUUUUUGGAUGGAGAUUAGAAAGUUUGAUUACCUAAUGCGUCGAAUAUAUCUAUUUUCAUUUA